CCACGGCGGCCAACAUCAAACAUCAGACCCUGAGAUAAGAAUCUGAUCCCUGACACGGCGGCUCGGCUGAGUCUGCUGCUCUCUGAUUCCCCAUAGCGAUCAAAUCCGAGCGCUGCAGUUCUCGGGGCUGCGUUUUUCUUCUCCUUCUCGCUCUUCUCCUUCUUCAGCUCCCGGGUCCAUGUUGAAGUUGAGCCGGCCAGACCGUGUCGCUCAGCGGGGUCAUUCCAGGCCACUCGACCGCACAGCUCGGGCUCCGGCUCCGGCUCCGGCUCCAGCUCCAGCUCGGGCUCCGGCUGUUUUCUAGCAGGUAGCUUGGAUCUCUAGCCGGGUCUACGUACACACACACACGGCUCCGCAGGAAUACUCCGAGCCCGUCGACGGGAGGAGGAGGAGGGGGAACAUACAGCACAGCCUGCCGGGGUCGGCAGCUUCGAGAAGCAAGGACCGUGAGGUCGCCAAGGGACAGUGGUCAUUCCAGGAAAGCGUUUUGAUUAAAACGUCAAAGAUUUUCAUGUGGGGAGGGAUCGGUGCUCCUCAAUCCUGGCAGGACUGAAGGUUUCCAGCUUUGUCUGGCUUCACUGGUGUGAACCUCACAGGAGAGGACCCAGGUAUCAAGCAGUGCAAGAUAUCGAGGAGUCCGUGAGAAUGACUUUUAGGCCCUGAUCCUCAGCAGUAUGUCAGAGCGAGCAGACAAAUGCGCCCCCCGCUGGAAACACGAGGCCAUGCAGAAUGGGUACAUACCAAGUUACCUAGACAAGGACGAGCUUUGUGUAGUGUGUGGGGACAAAGCGACAGGAUACCAUUACCGCUGCAUCACCUGUGAGGGCUGCAAGGGUUUCUUCCGGCGCACGAUCCAGAAGAACCUGAACCCGACGUACGCGUGUAAGUACGAGGGAAAAUGCGUCAUCGACAAAGUCACGCGGAACCAGUGUCAGGAAUGCCGCUUCAAGAAGUGCAUUGCCGUUGGCAUGGCGACCGACUUGGUGCUGGAUGACAGUAAGCGGCUGGCUAAGCGGAAGCUGAUAGAGGAGAACCGUGAGCGGAGGCGGCGUGAGGAGCUGCAGAAGACGGUGUGGGAGCGGCCCGAGCCUUCGCAGGAGGAGUGGGAGCUGAUCCGCAUCGUCACCGAGGCCCACAUGGCCACCAACGCCCAGGGCAACCACUGGAAACAAAAGCGCAAAUUCCUGGUCGAGGAAGCAAUGCUACUUAAUGAAAUAACUUGUAAUUUAUUCUAUACUUCUGACCAGAGUGCAGUGGGGGUGAAGGAAACCAAGCCUGAAGACAUCGGUCAGGGGCCGAUCGUCAAUGCGCCGGAGGGGAGUAAGGUGGACAUAGAAGCCUUCAGUCAGUUUACAAAAAUUAUCACCCCCGCCAUCACCCGAGUGGUGGACUUCGCCAAAAAGCUGCCUAUGUUCUGUGAGCUGCCUUGUGAAGAUCAGAUCAUCCUACUGAAGGGCUGCUGCAUGGAGAUCAUGUCUCUGCGCGCGGCCGUGCGCUAUGACCCAGAGAGCGAGACGCUCACGCUGAACGGAGAGAUGGCGGUCACGCGCGGGCAGCUCAAGAACGGUGGUCUGGGCGUGGUCUCAGACGCCAUCUUCGACCUGGGCGUGUCCCUCUCCUCCUUUAAUCUGGACGACUCAGAGGUGGCGCUUCUGCAAGCGGUCAUUCUGCUCUCCUCAGAUCGUCCGGGCCUGACGAGCGUGGAGAGGAUCGAGCGCUGCCAGGAGGAGUUCCUUCUGGCCUUUGAACAUUACAUCAACUACCGCAAGCACAAGGUGGCGCACUUCUGGCCCAAGCUGCUGAUGAAGGUGACGGACCUGCGCAUGAUCGGGGCCUGCCACGCCAGCCGCUUCCUGCACAUGAAGGUGGAAUGCCCCACUGAGCUCUUUCCCCCUUUGUUCCUGGAGGUGUUCGAGGACUGACGGAGCGCUGGGCCUCAGCCGACCGAUCGGGUCAGGCCCCACCCACUAACACGCCCCCUCCAGCACACACCAAUGGCGCUUAACCGCACCCCCCUUUGCCCUCUGCGGACACGUUAAACAAACUCUGUUCUGUCACUACUGAGUGUCAAUUCAUUCCAUAGAUAUAGAAGUAGUUCUCGGGCCUAGUUUCUGGACGGACCAUUCCUUUUACGAUGCGGGUACAUGUGAAUAGCGUUACUUUUUUUAGUCGAUUUUUUUUCCGUUUUGUUCCGUUUUCCUGAGUUUUCUUUUUCUCUGUCUCUCCCUCCUUUUCUCUCUCUCCUUCUCUCUCUUUUUUGUAAAUUUUUCUCAUUUUCAGUUACUCUAGGCGUAUUUUUGUUGUUGUACAGUUAUUUUAUGAGCGAUUAUAUCUCCUAGUCACUGUCGCCCGCCCCGUUGUAUGAUCUAUGCAUUUGUAUCAUGCAACAUUCCUCAUCACGUAGACGCUUUUGGAAAAAGAAAAAACAGAGAGUCAAAACAAAAGACACAGCGCAAGCCUACAAAGGAGAUAAGCCUCUGUUCCUUAAUGGUCUUCAGAACCUCACAGAAAAACGUUCCUGCGAAACGUACACACACAAAGACAAUAGAGUUCUCAAGCACUGUUCACGAGCUGCGUCGGAGCGUGGCGUCCAUAAACCUUUCCUACAGAGAUCGUGGGCGAAACGCGCUUAGAACGAGCCCAACACAAUCGCUUCCGCUGAGCAAUGCCGCUGUUUAGGUGCCAAAAAUGUAUGAUUUUCUAGCCGAGAGCUCACGUUCCCCCGUAAACCUCUCUGUUCUGUAACCAUCCAUCCUCAGAUCGCCCACCUGUGACUGUCUGUCCACUCUCAUAGGAACUCUUACACGUUUUACUGUGUCAUAUUUUGGUGAGAUAGAUAAGGCGACGCUUCUGCUCGGACUUUGAUGGUGCUAUGAGUUUGCCUACUUAUACCUCUGUCAGACCUGUCAGUCAACCUCAGAAUCAGCCGUUUGGGUGAUAAACACACACACAUACACACACACGCACACACACUUUCACACCCCGUUUACACCUGACCGUUUCGUGAGUAUCGGGGCUGUGCGUCAAAUUUAUUUAAUAGAUAACGGCACCAUUUGCCUUCCAUGCCUUUCAGGAGACCUUCAGUUUCAGUUCAAAGAAACCUGCCGGGAUAUUUUUCCACGCCUCCCAAGUUCAGUCUUAGAAGUUGGUUGAUCAUUUUCUGAAGUAAUCAAACAUAUUCAGUGAUGUCGAGCUUGUCGCAUAUUGUUCAAACUUUCUCCGUAAUUCAGGAUCGAGAUGUAAACAAAGCCAUUCAGAGUGGUUUGAGGUGAAAUGGUCCUUUGUAUAUAUAAAGACAUAAAUACGGACAUUUUAUUUACUAUCCGAAACCACCAGUGAACCUACACGGGUUUUUUUUAGCUUUAUAUGCAACGUUGGUGAUUGAAAAUAGUGAUAAAUCUGGAAAUUUGGCCUUGUGCGUACUCUUUCACCAUAAAUGGAUUUUAAAAAUACAUUUUUGGUCAAAAUCAUCUAAAAACUGUGAUAAAACAGCGUAUCAGGCUGCGUAGUCAGUGAAAGAUCUUUCUCCGAGGAGUCUUUUAGAGGUGGACGUCCGGUUCCCAUCACCACCACUGUGAACAGUUCUGACUCGGCAAGUUUCUCCAGAACUGAGCGUUUCACACCAAACCGCUCUGAACGACUCUGUUUACAUCUCAACCGUUUAGACGUGAAAAUCAUUGGAAUUCCCCUUUAGUAGUUUGUAUGCAGCAUUUUCAGUUUCAGAAGAGAAAUAAAAGCAGCUCCACCCUCCAGAUGAUCAGGAUAGUGUUGCCGCCAAUUCUAAGAAUUCUGAGUGAUUUACUGCAGCCGACAUUCUCACUGCAGGACCCUUUCAAAGCUUUUCCUUCAUGUGAUGCAGAAAGUAGCAUUCAGAGACUAUUCUGAUUGGCCGAGAGGCGCGUCAGUCAUUAUUUUGCAAACAGUCCGUUGGUUGUUGUAUAUGGGCUAAUUUGCAUUUUACACCGUCUGACUAAAACCAUUGAUUACCAAGUGGUUCAAAUCUGGUUCCAGUUCAGAUGAAAGUCACAUGAAAUGACCAGGUGUAAACGGGGGUCUUGCAUACAAACUUACAAGCAUUUGCAGCGUUGAGCGGCGGGGUCCGUGGCAAGGCAAGAACGGUCCGCCGCUUCGUAACACAACGUGACCUCGAGGAGAUGUCGAGGAGUUCCACUUUCAGUUUGUCUGUUUUUCGUUUGUUUGUUUACUAUAUUUGUUGUCUUUUUUUUUUCCUUCCUUGCGACAUCGUCCUCUAACGUAUUGUACUGCGAAACAUUUCUCACGUCACAUACCUCUCUGUACAUUCUAUACAACGACUGGUCAUUUUUGUUGGUCUACAAAAAAAAAAACAAAAAAAAAAACAAAAAAAAAUAACCACAACACUUUGCCUCAAGCUUGUGUUCUCUGUAAAAGUGAUGCCUUUCGUAAGCAAUAGACUUAUUUAGGAUUACAUGCACACAAAGCACAGACUCAGACUAAAUGCACAGACAAUCAGCAUGUAAGGAGAGAGAGAGAGAGAGAGAGAGAGAGAGAGAGAUGGAGAAGGCAGAGAGGGGAGCUGCAGCUGACCGCCACAUGCAUUAAGGUCAGGUAUUAGGUGGGAGGUCGUGCCGCCUCUCGGAAUAGCCAUGCUUCAGGAGAGAUUUGUCCGCUUUACCGAGUUACAGUGACUUCAACAACAACAAAAGAAAUAAACAAGCACGCACUACAGUAAAAAAACCGUAUUUUACAGUAUAAAGGAGGAGUUUAAAGAAAAAAGGUUGUAUAUUUUCAGAUUGCAGAUAUUUUUUACAGAUGUUUGUUUGCAUAUGAUGAAACGUUUUGCCAUUUUAACAGACAGUGAAAUGAAGCUUGUUUCUCCAGUUUCUAACAAAAUCACACAGGGUCAUUCAUGAACUCUUUCCAGUGUUACUUCCCGCCAUUCCCAGAAAACACAAACAAAAACAAACGGUCCUUCAGCAUCGAAUUUAUACUGGACGAAGGGCCCCGCCGAGCCAAGCCCGCAACAGAGAAAUCCAGGCCUUUUCUUCCUUCCUUCAACCCCGAAAAUCUCAGAGAAUGCUUUUUUGUGUCUAUUUUAUGUGUCUUAUCGUUUAGCCAACAAAUUCUAUUUGAUAUGAUGAGGAUCUGAAGGGUGUACACAGGGAGCCUGGCACACUUGGUCAGUGGGCUGGAGCUGGACGAAGUCGCGUUUGGGUUUAACUCCAUUUUAACUUGACUUCAAUCUGUCAGCUCAUGAACCUGCAGCUUCCCAGCCAUGAUCCCACCCCACCCCCCGGACAUGAGCGAGGGAGGGGUGCGAGUGCGGUUUGAAUGUUAAUCGGUUCUUUUUUUUUUUGUUUGUUUGUUUUUUUUUUUUUCUUUUUUCAAACCAAAUUUGUUCCGUGUUGCACAUGGCCGCUGUGAGACAGUGAAGCCGAGGAUUCAAUGGGAUUAAUCGUUUGGACCGUGCUGCGAUUUGGGUACCCUGGAAGAAAAGAGAAGUUGCACUAAAGAACAUAAUCCUGGAUCUGAAUGAUGACUGUGAUGAUGAUUGUAAAAUAACAGUGAGAGAAUCGACGAAGAGGAGGAUGGUCAUGGUGAUGGUGGUGAUGGUGAUGUUUGUAUUUAAUAUGAACUGGCUCUGAGAAUAAAGGUGGUUUUGAGAAA